CCGGGGACGAAUAGACGGCCCCAUUAAGUAGAUGUAUUGACAGCAUUGUUCUUUUUGUGAAAGCAGCUUCUCCGUUUAAAAGGGCUGCCUCAGACUGAGCUGCAGGCAAACGGGCCAUGGCAGCUCCGCGGAUCCUGGCCUUUCUUGCUCUGAUUGGAGUCGCCUGCGGUCAGACUUCCGACUGCUCCUACUACAGUCUGCUGAGCCACUUCAACCUGACGACAACCGAUGCACUUCUACAAAUCAUGCGGCCGGUGAAAAACUGGAACACCACCACGCCCGUCUAUUUGGACAUGGUUAUGUAUGGGAUUUUAGAAGUGAAUGAGAAAUCUCAAACAGUCACAAGUCACAUCUGGGUGCACAUGCAAUGGACCAACGAGUUCCUGAAUUGGAAUUCUUCAGACUUUUGUGGGAUAAACAUGCUGACCAUUCCCAAAUCGAAGCUCUGGGUCCCUGACAUUGUCAUCCAGGAGGAUGUCUCUGAUAGUGGCACCAUUCGGACGGGUCCUCUCCUCACCUUGUUACCCAGUGGCCUGGUGAUGCAAAUGAUACGGCAGAAACUGACCUACACCUGCCAGUUCAUCCUCAACUUGUUCCCCUUCGAUGAGCAAAGUUGCAACAUCACAUUUUCGUCCAUGAGCACUGACUCAACGGGUAUAAAACUAGAUCCCAUCAGCAGUGACAGGGAGCUCACUUUUCUCUCUGAGCUCUUCAUGAUCACACAGGGAGAGUGGACACUCAAAAAAAUUGAACUCAAAAACUCUCUUCAUAAUAGGAGUGCAGUCAGCACACUCAUAUACGAGAUCACCAUCAAGAGGCGGUCAAUGCUCUAUGUGGUAAAUUUAAUCGUGCCCCUGUUCUACCUGCUGGUCCUGGAUUUGGCGUCCUUCUUCAUCAGCGAGGCCAGAGGAGAAAAGCUCAGCUUCAAAGUGACAAUCCUCCUGUCCAUCUCCGUCUUGCUGCUGAUUCUGCAGGACAUGCUGCCAUCCACUGAAGACCACCUGCCAAUGAUCGCCAAGUACUUCGUUGCAGUCUUCGCUAUGGUGGGGCUAAGCGUCCUGGAGGCCAUGAUGGUGGGCUUCUUGAUGGAACUUGAUGAUUUUUGCGCUCGCAAAGAUCAAAGCUCUGAGAGUGACCAAGUGGACAUUCAGCUGGAUGAUGUCACUCACAAAGAGCCUGCUAGACCUGGAGAGGAAGUCCAGGUGAAACCAGAGAAGAGUUGCCUUCCUCCGCAUUGGCCCAGUGAAUAUGACCUGCUGAGACUCACCCUGGACGAAGUGAAGGCGGCUCGACUGGAAGCUGCAAGACAGAACAAAGGCAACAAGAAGAGUGGAGGUUACAGGCGAGCGGCCACAGUCCUUGACACAGUGUUCUUUGUCUUUUAUUGUUUGACUGUUGUCCUUUUUCUGAUAUACAUGUACGUAGCGUGGCUUCAGAAGGUACACUAGAUGUUGUGUGUGUGUGUGUAUAGCGUGUCAGUGCAUGACGCUGUUUUUAAGACGGAAGCAUUAACAUUUAUGGAUGUGUCUGCCGCAGCUUUGUCCUCUGAACAAUUAUACCGAUGUAGCUUGUUAAAAAUACUCUGCAUAGGAAGUACAUAAAUCAUGUAUUUUAGUUAGUAGAGGAAAGUUGAGCAAAAAUAAAACAAAUUUUUGUAUUUGCAACAUCUUAAAAUGCAGCUGACAUUAAGGAUAAAUCCACAACUUGAUGAAGAAAGGGACGCAUGAAUAAAUACAAGACUGCAUAUUUAUAUCUAUUAUGUUAUAAAUAAUAUUAAUAUACUCAUGUCAAUGUUUAUUUUUAACAAAUCUUUGCUCAUUUACUGAUGUGUUCGUCAAACCUAUUUCAUUUGUUAGAAUUUUUCUGUAUUUGUUUGGUAGCUGUUAUAUUGUAUUGUCAAAAAUAUCAUCUCCCGCUCAGUUAAUCCAAUAUACCAGAUAAGUAUGGGCUGGUAAAUUCUGUGCACCUGACUAAAUAAAUGCCAAUAACCUUGUGCUUCGAUAAAACUAGUAAAUGAAUAGAUGAAAGAGUUUUGUUACAGUAUAAUUUCUUUUUCUUCCUCUUACCAGAUCUGCACUGAACACUUAAAAUAGAUUUUGCCUCCCACUGGAAAAUCUAAUAACGUUAAAUUUGACUUUUAGUAAAUGUGGGUGUAUUUAUUAGUAGUUUGUCUAUAUAUCUGCGUGGAAACUGAGGAUACUAAUCCCAUGCUGUUGUGCAUAUUAUAGUGUUAUAUGCUUUUAUAGAAUGAAAAAUUAAAUAAAAGAGAAAAACCGG